AUGGCGCAGAUCGCCAAGAAAGUAAAGAAACUUGCGACGGUACAAUUGUACAAUUUGAAAUUACUCCUAAACGGUCGUGGUCUAUCGAAUUUCAAAAAACGCUACAAGCUUAAAGGGGAACUUGGUCGUGGUGGUUUCGGGAUAGUCUAUCGUGGAAUGCGAAUUUGUGAUGAACUUCCGGUUGCUAUCAAAUUCAUUGAUCGUGACCAAGUUCGCAAUUGGGGCAAACGGUUACCGAUGGAAAUUUGUAUGUUAGCACGAUGUGUUAAUGUUCCGGGAGUGAUCAAACUACUGGAUUGGUACAGUAUGCCACAAGGUUUUUUAAUUGUAAUGACACGUCCAUAUCCAUGCGUUGACCUAUUCGAUUUUAUUAAAAGCCAUAAGAAGUUGGAUGAAGAUCUUACGCGAUUUCUGUUCCGACAAAUAGCUCUGACUAUUCGCGACUGUGCCCAGCAGAAGGUAUUGCAUCGUGAUCUCAAGGAUGAAAAUAUAGUAAUCGAUUUGGUGAGUGGCGAAACAUCGCUAAUUGAUUUUGGUGCUGCAACUUUGCUUAAGAAGAAUCACUACACUGAUUUUCAGGGAACUCGUUUAUACUGUCCACCGGAAUGGUUCCUGCACUCGAUGUAUUUAGGUUGCGAGGCAGCGGUCUGGUCGUUAGGUGUCCUACUUUACAAUAUGCUCAAUGGGAGGUUGCCCUUUCGUAAUGAAAAAGAGAUUUGCACAUCACAUCUACUAGGAACAUUACCAUUCUAUGCAGAAGUCAGCAAAAGUGCUGUGGAUUUGGUCAAUCAAUGUUUGCGCUUUGAGCCGAACAAGCGAUGCACCCUGGACACAAUUUUGAAACAUUCAUGGAUUCGAACUCCAUGUGCUGACUGGUGUACACUGAUAGACCGAACAUAUCAGAAUUCAUCUGAUGGUCAACAGUGCAGUGUUAUAGGCACGGAUCACAUUUCGAAGAAACGAACGGAAUCAGGUUAUACCGAAUCAGGUGCCGAUAGCACGUCCAGUUUCAGCUCAUCCACUUCAUCUUCAUUUACGGCUCGUCAUCACCGACAUGAACCGGGAGCAGGUAGUAUGAUUGCAGGACCUUUAUUUCGUCACAGCAAUGGUUGUCAACACUGGGAGAGAAUUCGGAAUUGUCAGUCGAAAACUUCACUGAUCAGUGAUUCCUCUCCACCAGUGAACAUCCAAGAAUUUAUAAAGAUGGUUUAUUUAGAGCAGAAUAAUAUUCCCCUCAGUGGAAUGAGUAAAGCACAUUCCAUUCAUCAGCCGUCCAUUUCUCCUCCUCGAUCUACUUUUUUACACCUUCAAAAUCCGGAGGAAAGCAACUGGACAGAAUUUCCUACUUUAAGACCCUUAAUAGGAAAGAAACGUUCCAACAAUUCCGUACAGCAAUCGGCACUUUUUGCACCAGCAGCACUACUACCAAAACCAUCCAGCUAUGCAAGCUUUAAUGGAAGAACAGGUGGAGUACUGGUAUUUUAA